AGGACUUUUACCUGGAAAUUCCCAAACUCCAAGUGGUAGAAAUGUCCAAACAAUUGUUAUGGCAGCCCUUGGAGUUUGGAGUGUCCACCAAGAGUACUGAGAGUUUCUGCCCACUGAAGAGUAGUGGGUGUCAGAAUGUGCUCAGUGCAGAGCCUGCCCUGCUCUGAUUUCUUUUCCUCUGCCAGGGAGUCCAGUGAUUUGGGUCUGAGUGCAGGUCCACUACCCAUGAGCUUCACAUUUCCCCAUCAGUGUUAAUUGUUGCUCUAAAUCAUUAUCAGACCUGAGCAUUUUGGAGCAAUGUGAAGUCUUUUGCAUGGGCUUCAGAGACAUGUGUGGGGAGGAAAAUGAAAUAUCAGCAAAAUGUGAAAAGAUUGGCAGGUUUGGCAUGAACUGAGUGGCUCCGGAAAAGAGCUGUGACUGGGUCUUCAAGGUUUUCCUUCUGACUAUCGCGUUUUCUUACAAUUUGCAGUGGGUCUUAUCCAUAUUGGGUAACCUUACACACAGUAGAAAUGAACUUCCACAAGUGGCUGUGGACAACAUUUAGCCACCUGAUUGCCAUUUCUCACAACCUUAUCUGGGGUACGAGUGACACAUAUAAUCUGUAAAGCAUGUAAGCAACUUCCUUUUUAGAUUUUAUUUUUUCUAUGCUCUGACUGUGGAGGAGGGAAUCUCUUUAUUGCUGUAGCACACGUAUUUCCUGGUUAGUUUUUGCACCAGAUAAGGCUACUAGAUGUACAAGUCCUUAUAAUAGAGCCAUACUAUUUAAAAAUGUACUGUAGCUACAAAAUCUUUUCAGUAUGGAUAGGAGACUAGUGUUCUUCCUCUAAUCAUUAGAAUUCCUGCUAAGCAUUAGGCAAGAGGUUCUGCGCUUGCUGAUAAUACCAGAAGAGAGACCCCAGGGCCGUUGCAGCCCCAUCCCGGGCCAAAGUUGGUCCCCGCCGAGCGCGGCCGUGAGGCGGCUGCAGUGUUGUGUCGGCGCCUCCGGGUGCCGCUGUUGGGCCGCCGGCGAGCGUUGCUGGAGCCGCCGCCGCCGCCGCCUGUGCGUGCUGUCCCCGCAGGCUGCUGGCUCGGGCGGGCAGUGCGGGCCAGAGCGGCAGCGGCACGGGCAGCAGAGGCGAGAGGCGGCGCGGGCAGCAGAGGCGUGCGAGUGGGAGGCGGCGGCGGUCCGGGUUUGCUUUGUCGGGCGCUGCUGUGGCUGCGCCGAGCGGCUGCGAGGGAGGCGGGGCGGCGGCAGGAGCCUGGCGAGCUCGGCGAGCGAGCGCUGUGGGCGAUGUCGGGCGGGCGGAGGCCGAGCGGCGGGCCGGGCGGCGGGCGAGCGGCGGUGCUGGGCGCUGUGCUGCUGUGGCUGUGCUGGCGGGCGGCGGCGGAGCGGCUCCGCUACUCCAUGGCCGAGGAGCUGCCCAGAGGCUCGCUGGUGGGGCCGCUGGCCCGGGACCUGGGGCUCAGCGCCGACGAGCUGCCGGCGCGCAAGCUGCGGCUCAGCGCGGACAAGCAAUACUUCACGGUGAGCGAGGGGAACGGGAACCUGUACGUGAGCGAGAGGCUGGACCGGGAGGAGCUGUGCGGCAAGUUGUCGUCCUGCUCGGUCAGCUUCGAGGCGCUGGUGCACAACCCGCUCAAUGUUUUCCACGUCGAGGUGUCCAUCCAGGAUGUGAAUGACAAUUCCCCGGUCUUCAGCAAGGAUACCCUGGACCUCGAGAUAGGUGAAUUAAUUCCUCCCGGCACUCGUUUUCCUCUGGAGAUGGCAAGGGACGGAGAUGCCGGAAGCAACUCGCUGCUCAGUUACGAGCUCACCAGCAACCCGUCCUUCUCUCUGGCAUUAGAGGAGAGUGUGGACGGAAGCAAGCAGCCCACACUAGUGCUGGAGCGAGCGCUGGACCGGGAGAAGCAGAGCUCCUUUGAGCUGGUGCUGACGGCAGUGGAUGGUGGGGACCCUGCGAGGUCCGGGUCUGUCCAGAUUCGUGUCAACGUGACGGACGCCAACGACAACCCGCCCGUGUUCAGCAAAAGCGUCUACGAGACGCGAGUGGCCGAGAAUCUGCCGGCGGGGUCGCUGGUGCUGCGAGUGCGUGCUACGGAUGCGGACGCGGGGUCCAAUGGGCGGGUCUCCUACUCCUUUGGCAAUGUUCCAGAUGGCGUCCCCUUGUUGUUCUCUGUCGACAGCGAGAGCGGCGAGAUCAGGACAGCAGGUCCUCUCGAUUUCGAGGCGACGAAUAAAUACAUCUUCAGACUGCAGGCGACGGAUGGCGGCGGAUUCACUGGUCACUGCCAAGUGCAGAUAGAAGUCUCAGAUGAGAACGACAAUGCCCCCGAGAUCACCAUUCUGUCUCUGUCGAGCCCGGUGCCCGAGGACGCGCCAGUCGGCACCGUGGUUGCCCUGCUGAAAGUGCGGGACCGGGACUCCGGCGAGAACGGUGAGGUGUCGUGCGAGCUGUCGGGAGAGGCGCCGCUGUCGAUCGUGGCGUCGUCGGGCGGCUCUUACAAGGUGGUGACGGCGAGCGCGCUGGACCGCGAGCAGGCGUCCGAGCACCGCGUGACGGUGGUGGCCCGGGACCGGGGCAGCCCGGCGCUGUGGAGCAGCGCGGAGCUGUUGCUGGAGGUGUCGGACGUGAACGACAACGCGCCGGUGUUCGAGGAGGCGUCGUACAGCGCGUACGUGCGGGAGAACAACGCGGUGGGCGCGCUGGUGUUGCGCGGUGUGGCUCGGGACUUGGACGCGGGCGCGAACGGGCGCGUGAGCUACUGGCUGUCGGGCGGCAGCGCGGGCGCGGCGGGCGCGGCGCCGCUGGUGUCGGUGGAGGCGCGGAGCGGCGCGGUGUACGCGCAGCGCUCGUUGGACUACGAGCAGUGCCGCGAGUUCUUGGUGGCCGUGCGGGCGCAGGACGGCGGGUCGCCGGCGCGCAGCUCGACGGCCACGGUGCGCGUCUUCGUGCUCGACCAGAACGACAACGCGCCGCGGGUGCUCUACCCGCCCCCGCCGGCGGCGUCGGGAGCGGCGUCGGCCCCGGGCUCGGUGGGUUCGGCUUUCGAGGUGGUGCCGCGUUCGGCGUCGUCCGGGUACCUGGUGGGCAAGGUGGUGGCGGUGGACGCGGACGCGGGGCGCAACGCGUGGCUGUCGUACGAGCUGGUGCAGGCGUCGGAGCCGGCGCUGUUCCGCGUGGGGCUGCAGAGCGGCGAGGUGCGCACGGCGCGGGCCGUGUCGGAGGGGGACGCGGCCAAGCAGCGCGUGGUGGCCGUGGUGAAGGACCACGGCGAGCCGGCGCUGUCGGCCACGGCCACGCUGCACGUGGUGCUGGCCGAGAGCUUGCAGGAGGCGCUGCCGGAGCUGAGCGAGCGGGCGGCGGGCGCCGAGGCGGCGGGCGAGCUGCAGUUCUAUCUGGUGCUGGCGCUGGCGCUGCUGUCGGCGCUGUUGGUGCUGAGCGUGGCGCUGGCCGUGCUGGCGCGGCUGCGGCGGGCCGGGCCGCCCGGCGUGCUGCGCUGCCUGGGCGCGCAGCGCUUGUCGCUGGCCGGCGCCGCCUUCCCGGCCGACUUCUGCGAGGGCACCUUGCCCUACUCCUACAACCUGUGCGUGGCGGCGCCGCCCCGCUCCACCGCCCCCGAGGCCACUUGGCCGCCACCGCCGCUGCCCAUCGUGCCCGCGGAGGAGCUUGUGGCCGUGGAGCCCUGCGAGAAGCCGAGCCCGAGCAGCAGCGCCGUUGUGGAACAGCCGCUUGUCGAUCCCGACGCACCACAGAAAGAACAUAACGUCAGGUCUCCACUGUACUGGACCCGACAUUUCCGCGGCGAAUGUGCCAUCUUUUUGAGCUUCCCGUGGGCGAGGCAGGGCGGGCAUGUCUCGUUGGCGCUCGGUGCGUGCAGUGCCGGGAGGAGGCUGCGGGCGCCGCUGUUGACCGAGAGGAGCGAGAGGAAGGUCGGAGCGCUGCAGCCCCGCCCGCUGCGGCCCGGCUCGAUCGCUGGAUCGCUGGAUUCCUGGGUCGGGAAGCGGUCUGUUUCCGAUCGUCCCGGCGGUGCGGAUCCGAGAUACAGCGAGGCAGAGGGGUCGGCGACAGCAGCCGGGAACGGCAAGUCGUAG